CGGCUCUGAGCGUGCUCGCUGUUUUUUGUAUGCUCGGCUGUUCUACAGCUUCCCCUGCACAUCCUGAGGAAAAUUUCGCAGUCCACCCCAAACGGUGUUCCUUCGGCGGAUGCUCGGAUCUCAUCGGAGGCUCCAUCAAGACACUCUCCAACACAGACGGCGCAUCCGCCCCUCCGGGCUCCCAGGGCGCCGCUGACCUUACAGCCUCGCUGAGCCGCAGCAAUUCGGGCAGCAUCAGCCCGCUGACAGACGCCGCUUCACGCCCUGGCGAUGUAGCACCUUCCGCCCGUGUGGUGGAAGUCAACGGCCGGUUAACAAGUUGUUCUUCCUCCUCUGUCGACAUUAGCGGCAGUAACUCCGGCGCUAUCACGAUAACCUCUGCACGCCAAAACGCCAAACAGGCUUCCCCUGCAUCUGAGGACCCUUUUGUCCCCUCCGUGAGACGCGUCAGGCGCUGCUCCUUUGCGGGCUGCCGCGUCGGCAGCGGGUCUGGUGGCAGCAAAGUGGGAAGCAUCAACUUGCCGACGGACGCCGCUGCCCAGCGCGCAGGAGGGGCGAGCAGCCGGGCCAAACGCUCCUCAUCCGGAGCAGGCAACCACGUCCGCAUCGGUAAGAACAACUCGGGCGCCAUCACUCUCUCCUCCGCUGCGACCCGGGCUGAGGAACAGUCCGUGGCCUCCGGACAUGUGCAGGACAGCGAACCUGUGGGCGCGGAGACCAGCCAGCCGCGUUUGAAGGGCUGCUCGUUCGGAAGCUGCACCGUCAUCAUCGAGGGCAACAACUCCGGAGCUAUCACCGUGCCCUUGGACUUUGACUGCACCGUCUCCAUCGGUGGCACUAACUCGGGCGCGAUCACCGGAGCGAGUUGUGUUCAGCAGGGUUUUGCCGUUCAAGCUACUGACGCUUCUGGAUUCGGAUAUGAUGGCAGCCGUUAUGCGUCCAGGCUGACCUACACGUCUGGACCUUGCAAUAGGAACAUACAGGGGGACAAUUCCCUAGCCAUAACCCUAACAUGAGAUAGGGGUAUUUAUAGGUUUGCGAGGUUUUGCCCAUUUUAUGUGAAUCACAUUGAUCAUACUUCCACAUUCCUAUUUUUAUUUACAGCGAUAUUUAUGUGUAAGCUGACAUGUAUUUACCAGGAAGCAACACGGUGUUGGGUUAGCUCAUAACAAUAAUAAACUAAGUGUUCAUCUACUCCACACUAGUAAGUGUGCAACUGCAAGUUUAAAAUUACAUUUUGUUUUCCAUCCCUGAUUAAAAGCAGUGUGACAAUAAAA